AUGGUCAACAUAGACGAGUGUUUGCCUUAUGCUUUGUAUGCAUGCUUGAACUUGUAUGGCAUAAUGCUCAAUCUUGAUGAUAUAUUGCGCCUUUUGAGAGAUGCAGUGUUAUGUAAUGAUGAUUACUAUAUGUGGAAUGCUAGUUUAGUUGGGAUUUGUGGGAUGCCAAGAAAGGGGAAAUUUAGGAUGUUACAGAGUGGUAUCAGAGCAGGUCGAAGAAAUGACGUUGCUAUUGUUACUGCCUUGCAGGUUGUGCAGAGUCAACCUAAUGCUGGUGGGAAUGACGAGUUCCAAAAUUUGGGGAAGUUCCGGAGGAACAAUCCGUCUACUUUCAAGGGUAGGUAUGAUCCUGAUGGGGCGUUGACUUGGCUCAGAGAGAUUGAGAGUAUUUUCAGAGUGAUGCAUUACUCUGAAGCACAUAAGGUGAGGUUCGGUAUGCAUAUGUUAGCUGAGGAAGCUGAUGACUGGUGGAUCAACACUCGUCAAGUGUUCGAUGUUGCAGCUGAAGUUGUACAUUACGCUGUGUUUCGUAGGGAAUUUAUGAGAAAGUACUUUCCUGAGGAUGUUCGUGUGAAGAAGGAGAUUGAGUUUCUAGAGCUGAAGCAGGGUAACUUAUCAGUUACUAAGUAUGCUUCCAGAUUUGUGGAACUUGCUAAGUUAACUUUCCAAGGUGAUAGUAAGGCUCGUUCGGCUCACUACAAGGGGUUGAGCAAGAAAAGAGGAAAGCAGAAUCUGAAUCGCGGGAAGCCAUAUAGUGCUCUAGCUGAUAAAGGUAAACAGAGAGCUGCUGAUCGUAAGAGGCCAAGUGGGGGAGGUGCUCAUACUCCGCUUAAGGGAUAUAAAUGCGGUGAGUUGGGUCACCGUGUCAGUGAAUGCAAGAGUGAUAUGAAGAAGUGUUACAAGUGUGGGAAGUUAGGACAUCUGGUUGCUGAUUUCAAAGAGAAUAUGGUGACUUACUACAACUGUGGUGAACCAGGACAUAUCAGCACUCAUUGCCCGAAGCCUAAGCAAGCUUCAACUAGAGGAAACAUGUUCGCUCUGACGGGGACUCAGAAUUCCAGUGAUGACAGGUUGGUCAGAGGUAUAUGUUAUAUUAAUAAUACUCCUUUGAUUGUUAUUAUUGACACUUGUACUACUCAUUCUUUUAUUGUUGCUGACUAUGUGAAAAGGCUAGGCCUUGUUGUGUAUUCUAUGAAUGGGAAAAUGAUUAUCGAAACUCCUACUAAGGAUUUUGGAAUUGAUCUUAUUUUAUUGCCAUUGGAGAAUCUUGAUGUUAUCUUGGGGAUGAACUGGUUGGAGUUCAAUCAUGUUCAUAUCAAUUGUUAUAACAAGUCGGUGUGGUUUCUUACUCCUUGUAAGGAGGAGAAAGCUGGUGUCUUGUCUACUAGAGAGUUGAAUGAGCUUUUGGAAGAGGGAGCUCAGGUGUUUGUAGCGUUAUCUUCUAAGAUUCAGGAGGUGAUUGAUGACUUGCAGGUAGUGUGGGAUUUUCCAGAAGUGUUUCCAGAUGACAUUUCAGAUGUACCUCCAGAGAGAGAGAGAGGUGAAGUUUUCUAUUGA